UGUGGCUAGACGCGUGAGUACCGAUAUGCUUGUAUGGAACAGCGCGACUUUUUCUACAUUCUCUGUGUUUAAUGGUCAGAACAGAGUCAUUUGAGUAAGCGAUUACCAUUAUGUUGGGAUAUCGAAAGUAAGACAAAACAGGCAUCCAAGCCGAGUAAAAUGUGGAGAAACUGAAUUUUGGAAAAGAGACGGGAAAUAGGUCUCUGAGAGAGGAUGUGGUGUGUGGACGAGAGUCCAGAGGGGCUACUCUACGUCUUCGAGUCGCCGACCCACAGCGGCGGUCUGCUGCGGCGCCUAGAUGCCCAGAGGCGGGCGGGCGUCCUGUGCGACGUCACCGUGCUGGUGCAGGGGCGACGGGUCAGCGCGCACGGAGCCGUUCUGGCGGCCUGCAGUGGCUACUUCCUGCACCAGCUCCAGGAGAAGAGAGGCGGGGACGCCGCCGUGGUCAUCAGCCUGCCCAGCACAGUGACCACGAGGGGCUUUGCCCCGCUGCUGCAGUUUGCCUACACGGGGAAGCUCUCCCUCAGCAGGGCCAGUCUGCCGGACGUCGUCCACUGCGUGGAGCGCCUACACAUACACGACUUGAAGGACUCGUGCUUCCCUCUCCUGACGGUAGUGCUCGGUCACAACUCGGAUGAAGAGCUACCGGGUCCAGCGCUCUCCUCGACAACUCCUCAUUUACACACUGACCAACAAGAGGAAGAGGUAAUACGUGUGGAAACACCUGAAGACUCUGCGUCUCAGUCACAGAUGACCAAUCUUUGUCCUUUUAGCGAAGAGGAAGGAGAGGAUUCACCAGUGAGAGUCAACAGUGACAUCAGUCAGACAGACAAACAUACGACCUUUGACCCUCUUCAGUGUUCCAAAUAUUGGAAGUGUCCGCAGACUCUCAGUGAGCACCAUGGCAACGCUUCAGUGAAUGGCAGUGGGUCAGGUUCCAUACGAGAUCUCGUGGAGGCCACUUCCACUGACACUGUCCAGGGGGCGUCUGGACCUCCCACCCCGGAUGAGCCUGGCCCUGGUGAGGGCAGUCUGUCGGUCUGCGUCUCAGAAUCCAAACUAGAGAAAGAGGCAGCGGUCGAGUCCGACCGGGAGUCGCUCAGUUCUCAGUCUUUAGAGACUGAGACUUUAGACGGAGCAGUUUGUGCCAGUUCUGCUGCUGCAGGCCUCCAUUCCAUCCUGAAGGAUAAUGCAGAGCUACGCCUCCCACAUAUUGCACAGCAGUUACUCACUAACAGACUGACUUGUGCAGACCCAGAACACAGACUGCGGGAUGCUCCGAAAAUAAGCCACUGGUGCUCUGGCCAAGAGUCAACUUUGACCUCUGCUAAACCCCAAGGCCUCCCAUGCACGUCACCGAGGCCUCUGUCCACUGAGGAAGUCUUCAAGGACGAAGCUGGGCUCAGCAGGUCCAGUGUUAUAUUUACCUCAGGGUUUCCCAGGCAACCAGAAUCUCCAGAGCAUUCCGGUCCUGACCUCGACCCACUCUCCAGGUUUCCUCACAGCGUUGCUCCCAGCAGUCCAGAGAUUCUGCCAGUGCCAAGCCACUCCACACACAGUAGCCAAGGCCCAGACAACGUCUCCCUCUCUGAGGAGGCCGCCACCUCCACAUGUUAUUCCAGUGAUGAAGCUCGUAAAGGGCGAGGCUCCUCUCCCAGCGUUCCUCACUCUGCAGCCUCCUGCUGCCCUUUCUCCCGGACGGCCUACUGCCUGACUCUGAGACAGCCGGGUCCAGGCUGGACCAAGGACGCCAUCUUGAAUCCGGCGCUCCCCCACUCGAAGACUGAGAAGUGUUACGACUCCAGCUCCAGUGACGAGUCGGGAUCCAUCUCCGCGGGCGACUGUGAGUCGUCGCGUCUUGAUGACGAAGGGCUUGAGGUGAAACUCCCAUUCCCUGUGGAUCAGUUGACGUACCUGCCCCGCAGUGACUUUCAGCUGGUGAUGCGGAUGCACAGUCUGACCCCAGAGCAGCUGGAGCUCGUUCAGGAGGAACGGCGUCGCAGCAAGAACCGAGUCGCCGCCCAGAGAUGCCGUAAGAGGAAGCUCGACUGCAUCCAGAGCCUGGAGGUGGACAUACACAAACUGGUGUGUGAGAAGGAGUCACUUCUGAGGGAGAGGAGCCAGCUAAGAGCCUGCAUGGUAGACAUCAGGGAGAGCGUCGCCUGUCUCAACCAGAGCAUCCACAGAAAAGAACCGGAACACACACACAAGGUUCCAUCCAUCAACCACAACUUGGAGACGGUUCCGUCGCCUAACCCUGUGAAAGUGCUCGGCUGUUUGGGAGCGGUUCCAUCCCUCUGAUAAGGUCCUUCUCUGAAGGUCGCCUGACCCAUCUGAGAACGAGCGACAGAUCAAAAGGUCCUGUCCCACUGUUUAGUUGUGGUGAGGUCUUGCGGAGCCUACUCUGAUACAUGCAAGUCUUUAUCUGGGCAGAAAGAUCAGUGUGUAGCUGUGUUCAAUGACCCCAGGGGUGUUCCACUAACUUGUUUGUUGUCUGUGGGUUCAGUAGGUAACCACAUGAUGAUGGCUUUUGCUGUCUUUUUCUCUGCCAAACUGACUGAAAAUUGCAUAUCACCAAUUGAGCUACACAUGGGAAUCUUUUUUGGUAAGCAUGAGAAACAUAUUGUGGGUGCUUUUAGUUAGAUUUGAUGUUUCAGAGCAAAGCAAGGGUCAUGACAUCUUUGUGAUUGUUUUGUGAUUGUGUUUGAAAAACAAAAAUAGAGUUAAAACUGUUUAAUUGAUACUAGAUUUUUAUGUAGCUACUGGAAAAAUACAAAGAAAAAUAGCUUGAAAGGUGUCCUAUUUCAAGACAGCUAUACAAAGGCCAUGGGAAAUAUCAUAAAUGUAUCAUAGCUACAGUACAGUCCCUGUUGACUAUGGUCCACAUGCUGAUCCACAGGGAAAACCUACUGUGCAGCCUUGGUGUAAUUGCCAGUGUGCUAUUCCUUUAACACCUACAGCCUUGGUGUACUUGCCAGCUAGGUUAUCAUCAAGCUAACUAUUAACUUUGACCAAAACAUUAAUCUAGUAAUUCAACU